AUGUCUGGGGCCGAACUCCCUUCCCUGCGGUGCCUUCGCCCCUCUGGGCCGCCAAUAAACUGUUACAGCCACUGGAUUCUGUGCGACUGCCGGGAACCCCAGAAAAGACCGAGAACCCGGAUUCGUCCCGCCUCGGUGACAGCUGCCCCACUGAGCGCCCUGGAGCUGCUGAAGGACGUGCACCUGGGCCUGGCUCUGCCCUGCCAGAGUCCAGCCCGACUGGCCCUCGUCUCGGGCCACUACCUUUACUAUCACUACGGCUGCGAUGGACUGGAUGACCGCGGCUGGGGAUGUGGCUACCGCACCCUGCAGACACUGUGCUCUUGGCCAAAGGGCCAGUCCUCUGGCGUGCCCGGGAUGGCAGCCAUACAGGCUGCCCUAGAAGACAUGGGCGACAAGCCCCCCGGGUUCCGGGACUCCCGGAACUGGAUCGGCUGUGUGGAAGCUAGCCUCUGCCUUGAACACUUCGGAGGACCUCAGGGGCGCCUAUGCCACGUGCCCCGUGGAGCCGGGCUUCUGGAAGAACUGGAGCGGCUCUAUUCCCACUUCAAGGAGGGCGGCGGUCCAGUAAUGGUGGGAGGGGAUGCAGAUGCUCAGUCCAAGGCUUUGCUGGGAGUCUGUGAGGGGCCAGCUAGGGAAGCCUAUGUACUGAUACUGGAUCCACACUACUGGGGCACUCUGAAAAGCCGUAGUGAACUGCAAGCUGCCGGAUGGGUGGGCUGGCGAAAGGUAAGCAGUGUCUUUGAUUCCAAUUCCUUCUACAACCUGUGCUUGACCAGAAAUAACCUGACUCCACACACCCUGCCUGCACUGUGGGACAGGCCCCGGAACUGAGUCUGGUCAGAGGCACCUACUUCUUACAGGUCCCCAACAGAGAAGUCUCUUCCAGCACCAAAAGUCCGGGGACAGGGACAACGACAAAGGCAACUAGAUCUGAGUUCAAAGCCAGCCUGGCCUACCCAGCAAGUUCUAGGCUAGCCAGGGUUACAGACACUGUUCUGAAAAUAAUAAUAAACUGGCAUAA